ACUUCCUCCAAACAAGAGCUAACGUUAAUUUAGCUAUAACGGCUAUUUACUAAUGUAUGACAACGUUGCUCUACUAAAGCACCUUUUGGAAAUAAGAUACUUUUGUUUUAAUUUAAUAGUAUAUUUUUCUCUUCACUGACAACCUGCAUUGUCGUGCUUUUGAUAGCUUAGCAUCCUAAUCAUCGCGCUACUUUGGUGUUCCUCUCCGGAAGUAGUUUGUUCAGUAUCAGGUAACUUGACGCAGGUCUGUCUGGAGCAUCACAACAUUGUCCUGCUGCUUUGUUCGGGGGACAGAAAGCAUCGCACUUGUCUUCGAUGAAGUGUGAAUGAAGCCAGGCAAUGUCCACCAUGGUGUAUCCACGUGAAGAAGCUCUGGAGCGACUGAGUCAGGAUGAGAUCGUCCUCAACACUAAGGCCGUCAUGCAGGGCCUGGAGACGCUGCGUGGCGAGCACGCCCAGCUCCUCAACUCCCUGCUGGACUGCACCCAGCCACCAGCCGCCCAGGAGAAGUCCGGGCUGCUCCGCAAGAGUCUGGAGGCCAUCGAGCUCGGCCUGGGAGAGGCUCAGGUGAUCAUCGCCCUGUCGAGCCACCUGAGCGCCGUGGAGUCGGAGAAGCAGAAGCUGCGCGCUCAGGUGCGCCGGCUCUGCCAGGAGAACCAGUGGCUGCGGGACGAGCUGGCGGGAACGCAGCACAAGCUGCAACGCAGCGAGCAGAGCGUGGCCCAGCUGGAGGAGGAGAAGAAACACCUGGAGUUCAUGAACCAGAUCAAGAAGUUCGACGACGACGUCUCGCCCUCGGAGGAGAAGAACCAGAGCGCCGGAGGCGGCGGCGGCGGCGGGAGCGGAGGAGGGGAUACUUCAAAGGACAGUCUGGAUGACUUGUUCCCCAACGACGAUGACCAGGGACCAGCCCAGCGCAGCGGAGAGGUGGCGGCCCAGCAGGGAGGCUACGAGAUCCCGGCCCGCCUCAGGACGCUCCACAACCUGGUGAUCCAAUACGCCUCCCAGGGAAGGUACGAGGUAGCCGUGCCCCUGUGCAAACAAGCCCUGGAGGACCUGGAGAAGACGUCAGGACACGACCAUCCCGACGUAGCCACCAUGCUCAACAUCCUGGCCUUGGUGUACAGGGACCAGAACAAGUACAAAGAAGCGGCUCACCUUCUGAAUGACGCCCUGGCCAUCAGAGAGAAGACGCUGGGGAAGGACCACCCAGCUGUGGCUGCAACCCUCAACAACCUGGCUGUUCUAUACGGCAAGAGGGGCAAGUUCAAGGAGGCCGAACCUCUCUGUAAGAGAGCUCUGGAAAUCAGAGAGAAGGUGUUGGGGAUGUUUCACCCAGAUGUCGCCAAGCAGCUCAACAACUUGGCCCUGCUGUGUCAGAACCAGGGCAAGUACGACGAGGUGGAGUACUACUACAGACGAGCCCUGGUGAUCUACGAAACCAAACUGGGAGCCGACGACCCCAACGUCGCCAAGACCAAAAAUAAUCUGGCCACAUGCUACCUGAAGCAGGGGAAGUUCAAAGAUGCCGAGGCUCUGUACAAAGAGAUCCUGACCAGGGCACACGAGAAGGAGUUCGGAUCUGUCAACAACGACAACAAACCAAUCUGGAUGCACGCAGAGGAGCGAGAGGAGAGCAAGGAUAAACGCAAGGACUCUGGCCCGUAUGUAGAGUAUGGGAGCUGGUAUAAGGCCUGCAAGGUGGACAGUCCCACAGUGAACACAACCCUCAAAAGCCUGGGAGCUUUGUACCGUCGCCAGGGCAAACUGGAGGCAGCAGAGACGCUGGAGGAGUGCGCCAGCAAGUCACGCAAACAGGGUAUCGAUGCCAUAAACCAGAGUAAGGUGGUGGAGCUGCUGAAGGACGGCAGCGCCGGAGGGAGCGACAGACGACACUGCAGGGAAGGAAUGAACGGAUCGGGGGGACAGCGGGGAGAGGGCGAGGGCGACGACUCCGCUGAGUGGAACGGGGACGGUAACGGGUCUCUGCAUCGCAGCAGCUCUUUUGGGAAACUCCGCGACGCCCUGAGAAGGAGCAGCGAGAUGCUGGUGAAGAAGCUGCAGGGUAGCGGACCGCAAGAGCCACGCAACCCAGGAAUGAAGAGAGCGAGCUCCCUCAACUUCCUCAAUAAGAGCGCUGAGGAGACCACACAGGACGCCAACAACGGACUGUCAGACUGCAGGGGACUAAGCGCCAGCAACGUGGACCUAUCGAGACGCAGCUCCCUGAUUGGCUAGACAGAAACAGGAGGCGGGACUGGUGCGGAGUACAGAAGAGUGGCCCGGCGAGGAGAGGCUGUUCGCAGCUCGGUUUGAUCAAACUACACACUUAAAGCUCAAAGCGAGAUCAAACACUUGCACCUGCAGCAUAUUUUUUAAAGAACACUGAGGAGGAGGAGGAAGGGAAAAAAAAAAAAAAAAAAAAAGCAUUACCACACUUAAACGUCAUCCUGUAAGACACACACAGUCUCGCUGCUGCUUCGCUGUACAAACCGCUGCCAUCGAACAGAAAAGAGAAUAUUUAGAUACACAUUUAUCAGCAUGUUGCUUAUUAGAAAGUUGAAUGUCUGCACCCAAAACGCUUUUUUCGGCUCAUAGGCACCGUAGCAAAGCAUCGUAUCCACGUCGUGACGAGUCCCCUCGAGCUCCACUCGUGUGCAGACAAACUAAAUAUACUCCGGUUUAAGUUCAGAGAGCAGAUUAAAUGUUGCACUCUGUAUAUUUUCACCAGUAGCAUGAAGUAUUUGCCGAUGCUGACCACCCAUCGUACGCAUAUCAGAGACGGGGGGAGGAGAGGGGGAGGGGGAGGGAUCCGUUUAGAUUUUAACAUAGAAAGCAGACAAAUUAAAAAGAUCAAACAUCUUUUGGGGAUUUUCAGAAAAAAAACGAUAGCACUAACCAUUUAAACCUCACUUUUUGCCUUGUUUUUUAUGUAUAUACGGUUUUAAAUUAUUCGAUAUGUCAUUCUUUGUAUAUAGUGCACUUUUUUUCUUUCUUUUUUUUUUUUUUUUUUGUGUUUACACAAUGUUGGUUAAAGAGGGGGGAAAAAUACUUCUUAUCCGAAGGGGAGGAGACUGGAAAACUAAGGAGUUUGUGAAGAGAAGGAGUGAAGGAAGGAAGGAAAGAAACAUCAGAUGAUCAUGCUGGUAAAUUUAGUACCUCAAUCACUGCUGACAUUCAGAUUAAGCUACCAGACCAUCAAGGCUUCAGUCUAAACUGUAAAAAAAAUGCACUUUGAGUGUGACGGUACUGUAUAUCUGGCACCUUUCUUGGUAUCUACUGAGCAGACUGAAGCUUUCACUGGAUUAUCAUCGGUCAGGCUGGGAAUUAUUAUUUUUUUUGUUAGUUUUUUGAAUGAACUUUCUUGUGCCAGAAUGAAAAAAGGCCAGAAAGUUCAUUUGAAAGUAAAUUAUCUUAAUCACUAAUAGAUAGAACCUACACGGUACUACAGGAGGUUAAAUCAAACACUAUAAUCAUCAUCCUACUUCUGCUGCUAAAAAAAAAAGUCUUAUUUCUUCAGGAUUUUAAUAAACAUCCAUUAGUCUGACUGAUGCUGAAAGAACACGCUGUGAAAGAGAUAUUUAAAAAUCAAUUUCUAUUUACAAUCAUUACAUCAGGAUAUUGAAAGUAUAAUCAACCCUCAUUUAAAAAAAAUGUGGUGAACGAUCUAAAUUCAGAUUUUGUUAUUUGUUUACGUUCAUUUUACGGGAUUCUUCUUGUGAAUUUGUUUACUUUUCCCUCAUUUGCUGAAUAUGUAUCAUUGUUUACAAAACAAUCCUUUUUUUUUUUUUUUUUUUUAAUGCUGACAUGGACGGAUUUCAUCAGUCGUAAUCACUCACAGAAAUCUGACUGAUGAGCGUCUGUCUUCAGUGAAUCGUGUCGUGCUGGAGCGUUUCCUUGUUUUUUGAUUGUGCUUUUAAUCUUAAAGCUACUGAAAACGGGAUUAUUUUGAAUGUUUUAAAAUUCAUGUUGAUUGUCGGGAGGUCUGGUGGCAUUCACACUGGAUUUUUUGUGUUGUGAUUUUUUUCUUUGUGUGUGUAUUUGCAAGCUAGAAGCGAAACUCCACCAAAAUGAGACCGAUCCUAAGAGAACUGUCCACAGAAUGUACACGUUGUCACAUCACAUCCUCAACUGUGUGAUCAGAUUGUCAAGAAAAUGCCUUUUUUUUCUGUCUGUGUAACUUUUUCUUCACAUUUUCCUCUAAAUUAAAAAAAAAAGGUGAAUUCUGGACAAAUUGAGUGUGAUUUCAAAAAUGAGGAAGAUGCAGGUUCUUGUCAAAGAUGGUACAUGAACACCAUCACUAUGAGUCUAAAUAGUCGCCCUUCUUGAAAUUACCUUUUUAAAGUCACACAGAUGAUCUAAAAAGUGCUUAUUAUUAUCAGCUUCUGAAUGUGCGAGGUCAUGAAGGAAGAGACAGAUGAAGGAGAGAUGGAGCGGAGUAAGUGCAUCAAAGCAGGAAGCGGUCGGUGUUUUUAAGAAGAAAGAAUGAAAGCGCUUCGGGAGGAAAAGUGCUUUAAAUGUCGUUCGCAGCAAAUAAUGUACAGAAUAACCCGUGUACGAUCUUUAUAUGUAUGUUCACUGUAUCUCACUUGUUCACACAAACACAAAAAACGCACAGGAAUGACGGGAAAUUCCUUCACUGGCGCACACACAGUAUCAACACCAUGUAGUUGUGUAUAAAGUUAGUGGAAAAAAAAAAAAACAACUCUAGAAAACCAGAACUCCUUUUUCCUGACUGUGGGUUCCUCUACACACAAUAUUACCAAUACUAAUCAAUACUUUACUGUAGUAAUCAGUCACUUAUUCAAUCCUGGGUGAGAAGUUCCUACUUGUGGAAGAUAUCUCAUGCAUCUCAGACUUUGUGUGAAUAAUCUUGAGCUCUAUAAAUAUCAGACCAUUAACGCGCUACAGUAUUUUGCUUCAAAUAGUUGAGAGAAAAAUAAAAAACUGUGGUUUUAAGUAUUUAUCCCGAAGGAGAAUUUUGAUCCAAAGCUUCAAAGAUUAAUGAGAUAUUUGUCUUUUUUUUUUGAUGUGCAAAUAUUUAUGGAGCUCAAAGCAUCUAAUGUUGUGGGCAAGAGGGUCUUGUGUAUAUGUACGGGGGACUCUGCUGGAUCUUAUUGUGAAGGGGCCAACCUAAUGUGUAUUUUAUCAAAAGGUUCAAUAAAUACAAAUUCCACUUUUCAAACUUGA